AUGAGCACAACACAGCAAGAGUCGUGUCACCUUCUGCGGCUGCCGCCGGAGCUACGCAAGUGCAUAUACCAGCUCGUCGCCACACUGUCCGAAGUACACUUCCGCAAGAACAAGUUGCUACCGGGUCAGACAGCUCUACUGCGGACGGUCCACCGCCACGCAGUCGAGCAAGCCGAAAACUUCAUCGCGGACAUCAGCGACUUCGGAUUACUGCAGAAGUACCUCGAAGCUCUGCCCCCUUUUGAUGACGAUGACAAUGGCCGGAGGACUAUUCACGUCAGUAUCCAUGUAAAGGAUACAAAAGUCGAGUCUUACGACCAUAUUGACUCCUGGCUUACGGCUAGUGUGAGCGGAGCGUCGCUGUCGCAGCUGAAGCGAGUCUGCCGUCUCAUCGUGACUCCCACCCGAGCUUACUCGGAUCCGGCCGAAGAUGAAAGAUUCUUGAUAGAUCUCAACACCGCGAUGAUGUUGUCGAACGGGGUAAAUCAGGAGUAUGUCGAGGAGUGGUUGAGCCUGACGAAGGAUUUCGAACUGCGCGGGAACGAUAAGCAGACUGGGUCAGUAGCUGAUCGACUGCUUCGACAGUGGUAG